AUGGAUGAGUCUGCCUUGCUGGAUCUUCUGGAGUGUCCUGUGUGUCUGGAGCGGCUGGAUGCUUCUGCCAAGGUUUUGCCUUGCCAGCACACGUUCUGCAAACGGUGCCUGCUGGGGAUCGUAGGUUCCCGUAACGAACUCCGAUGUCCCGAGUGCAGGACCCUGGUGGGCUCGGGCGUGGAGGAACUUCCCAGCAACAUCCUGCUGGUCAGACUCCUGGAUGGCAUCAAGCAGAGGCCCUGGAAGCCUGGCCCCGGUGGGGGUGGUGGGACGAACUGCACCAGCGCGUUGAGAGGUCAGAGCAGCUCCGUGGCGAACUGUAGCUCCAAAGACCUGCAGAGCUCCCAGGGUGGACAGCAGCGCGUGCAAGCCUGGAGCCCCCCGGUGAGGGGUAUACCUCAGUUACCAUGUGCCAAAGCAUUAUACAACUACGAAGGGAAAGAGCCCGGAGACCUUAAGUUCAGCAAAGGUGACAUCAUCAUUCUGCGGCGGCAAGUGGAUGAGAAUUGGUACCACGGGGAAGUCAACGGGAUCCAUGGGUUUUUCCCCACCAACUUCGUGCAGAUCAUCAAGCCGUUACCUCAGCCCCCGCCUCAGUGCAAAGCACUUUACGACUUUGAGGUGAAAGACAAGGAAGCAGACAAAGAUUGCCUUCCGUUCGCAAAGGAUGAUGUUCUGACUGUGAUCCGCAGAGUGGAUGAAAACUGGGCUGAAGGAAUGCUGGCUGACAAAAUAGGGAUAUUUCCAAUUUCCUAUGUGGAGUUUAACUCAGCCGCUAAGCAGCUGAUAGAGUGGGAUAAGCCUCCUGGGCCAGGAGCUGAUGCUGGAGAAGGCCCCUCGGCAGCAGCUCAGGGCAGCACUGCCUCAAAGCACUCCGACACCAAGAAAAACACCAAAAAGCGGCACUCCUUCACGUCCCUCACCAUGGCCAACAAGUCCUCCCAGGCGUCCCAGAACCGCCACUCCAUGGAGAUCAGUCCCCCUGUCCUCAUCAGCUCCAGCAACCCCACAGCUGCCGCGCGCAUCAGCGAGCUGUCCGGGCUCUCCUGCAGCGCCCCCUCUCAGGUUCAUAUAAGCACCACCGGGUUAAUUGUGACCCCACCCCCAAGCAGCCCCGUGACAACUGGCCCUUCGUUCACAUUCCCAUCCGAUGUCCCCUACACAGCUGCACUUGGGACUAUGAACCCUCCUCUGCCCCCACCCCCUCUCCUGGUCUCCACACCUCCGGGCGCUGCUGCUGCUGCUGGAACGGGACCGAGGCCCACCGCGGGGCCCACUGACCAGAUUGCACAUUUACGACCUCAGACUCGCCCCAGCGUGUAUGUUGCUAUCUACCCAUACACUCCCCGGAAAGAGGACGAGCUGGAGCUGAGGAAAGGGGAGAUGUUUCUAGUGUUUGAACGUUGCCAGGAUGGCUGGUUCAAAGGGACAUCGAUGCAUACCAGCAAGAUCGGGGUUUUCCCUGGUAAUUACGUGGCACCCGUCACAAGGGCGAUGACAAAUGCUUCCCAAGCUAAAGUUCCUGUGUCUACAGCUGGUCAAACAAGUCGGGGGGUGACCAUGGUCAGUCCCUCCACGGCAGGAGGGCCUGCCCAGAAGCUCCAGGGAAAUGGAAUGGCCGGGAGUCCCAGUGUGGUCCCCACAGCUGUGGUGUCAGCAGCUCACAUCCACACGAGUCCUCAGGCUAAGGUCUUGUUGAACAUGACGGGGCAGAUGACAGUCAACCAGGCCCGCAAUGCUGUGAGGACAGUUUUGGCACACAACCAAGAACGCCCCACGGCAGCGGUGACGCCCAUCCAAGUACAGAACGCCAGCGGGCUGGGCCCUGUGUCUGUGGGCCUGCCCCAUCACCCUUUGGCCUCCCAACAGCCUCCGCCUCCCAUGGCUACCGUCAGUAUGGGCCGAGCCGGCGCCCCCUUAGCCUGUGCUGCGGCCGCUUCGAUCACCUCCCCCAGCAUCACCUCUGCCUCCGUGGACACCGAGCCCAGCAGCCAGAUAAUGGCCAUUCUCUCUGGACUUCCCGCCUCUCCUGACGGCGCUUCAUUGGCUUGUGGAAACAGCUCAGCAGCCAAACCAGACAAAGACAGUAAAAAAGAAAGAAAGGGUUUGUUGAAGUUGCUUUCUGGCGCCUCCACCAAACGGAAGCCCCGAGUGUCCCCUCCAGCCUCACCCACCCUGGAAGUGGAGCUGAGUGGUGGUGGGGGUGGAAGUGGCGGCAGCAGCGAGUUGCCUCUGCAGGGAGCCAUGGGUCCCGAGCUGCCGCUAGGGGGCGCCCACGGCAGGGCGGGCUCCUGCCCCAUGGAUGGAGAUGGUCCUGCCCAGGCAGUGGCUGUGGGAGCAGCUCUGGCCCAGGAGGUUCUUCAUCGAAAAACUGGCUCCCUGGACUCUGCAGUUCCCAUCGCUCCGCCUCCUCGACAGCCCUGCUCCUCCCUGGGCUCCGUCAUGAAUGAGUCGAGGCCUGUGGUUUGCGAAAGGCACAGGGUGGUGGUGUCCUAUCCUCCUCAGAGCGAGGCCGAACUUGAACUUAAGGAGGGCGAUAUUGUGUUUGUUCAUAAAAAACGAGAGGACGGCUGGUUCAAAGGCACGUUGCAACGCAAUGGGAAGACUGGCCUUUUCCCGGGAAGCUUCGUGGAGAACAUCUGA